ACGUGUUGGUGCAGCAGGCCAAUGGUUGGGUGCGGGCUCGCGGAGCGCGCGCGGGGGAGAUAAGGAGCGGAAACGAGGCCGCCAUUGACGGAGAGGGAGAUGGCGGAGGACAAAGCCAAGGGGGAAAAUGUGAAAAGUGAAGGAAAUGACCACAGGAAUGAUCAUAUUAACCUGAAAGUGGCUGGACAGGAUGGUUCAGUCGUACAGUUUAAGAUAAAGAAGCAAACACCGCUGAGCAAACUGAUGAAAGCAUAUUGUGAGAGACAGGGCUUGCAGAUCAGACAGAUCAGGUUUCGUUUUGAUGGGCAGCCAAUAAAUGAAACUGAUACACCGGCUAUGUUGGAAAUGGAAGACGAAGACACCAUUGAUGUAUUCCAGCAGCAGACGGGAGGAACCUGCUAACCUCAUGACAGUAAUUUAAUGUAAAUAAUGUUCCACACAAUGUACAUGUUCAUGCAACACGCUGUAAUUUACUCUAUUUUGAACUGCAACAUUUGGGGCAAUUGCUGUUAUAAAAAUGUUAUAAAAAUAGGUAAAGAGCUGUGUGACAUCUUUGCAAUAAAUUGCUUUUUUUUUUCCAUUGUUUUACUUUCUGGAUACAGGGAAUUUUCUUUGUAUUUUGGAUUAAUCCCAAUAAAGUUGAUCUUGUUUCCUUUACAUGUGUUAUGGGUUAUGUAACUGAAAGAAACAAAGUCAACUUCUGAUUUUUGCAUUUUGCAGUAGGCAGUUUCAGUCUGUAGUAUCAUACUCGAAAUGAUGUGUUAUCGGUCAGUUUUAUGGAGGACAACACUAUUCUUCCUAAUCCUGUCCUUGCUGCACAUGUGUGUCUGGAAUCUUUAACAAGGAUCACAUGGUACUGAAACUAGUUGCAGUGCCCCUACUGAGCUUUCUGUAUUCAUGAAUAAAAGCCAUGGCAGGUUAGGAGCAGAAUUUAAAUCAAUGCUGCCAUUAUGUAUCUGCUAACUGUGUUGAUACUAGCUGGUUUUGGUUUUGAGGUUUGAAACUUGCCCGGUCAAGGGGCAACAUUGUUAAAAAUGGCUUUUUCCAACACCUCAAAGUUCACUAUAGUACAAGUCAACAAAUGAGUCAUGAAAAGUAUUGGUUCCUCAAAGGCCAAGAAACAUUUACCAACAAUGAGGGAUUGCAUGUGACUCUUGCUUUGUAGUUUGGACAAUGCUGAACUAAACCAGUACAGAUUGAGAAUCAAACUUGUAGUUCCUAUGUUGUAAAUGGGGAUUGGGGUGGGUCUUACACAAUUUUAAAACCUAGUAAAAAGCACUCAACAGAAAAAGAAGUAGAUAUUUCAAAUUUUUUUUGUUAAAAUGGACCUUGACCUUGACCUCAACUGCUACAUUGUCUACUAAUAAUUGCUAUCUGUUUAGAGGCCCUUCUAAUAUAGGUAGGGAUAGUUUGUAAUUUUUUUUGUUAAAGUUGUGCAAUAAAAUAAGGAAGCCCGUACUGAAGCUUUUGCUUUUCAAGCAAUGUGUAAUUGUUAAUGUGUACAACCAUGUCUGAAUGUAAUAAAACUUCAAAUGUGGGAAACCCAGCGUUAAACGUUUCAAUUCUGCCUUGGAUAUGUUGUCUAUUGUGCUGCUACUCACCUCUGUAAGUAGCUUAAGUCCAGGUUAGAGAUGUGCAUGAGAGCAGAGCUCAGUCUAAUGGUCUGGCACCCACAAAAAAGUAAACUUGUUGUAUACUCAAAGAAACUUGGGAUAUGCUGACUGUAGGUUGCGGGUAUUUGAAUUUUUCGACACGAAGAUAAAGAAUUGCUUUACGUUUGCUGGUGAUCCUGACUCAUAAUGAUAGGAUCAGAUACUUGUAUCAGGUUUGAAAUAAAUCAACUAAUUUGUCUUUAAACAUCAUCAA